UGCAGUCAUUGCUCUUCAUCUUUUGCCGAAAAAUCCAAGUUAAAGGCACAUAUGCGCACACAUACAGGUGAGAAACCAUUCAAUUGCAGUCAUUGCUCUACGUCAUUUACUGAUAAACGCAAUUUAAAGAGACAUGUUCACACACACUGGUGAGAAACCAUUCAGUUGCAGUCAUUGCUCCUCAUAUUUUACUCAGAUGUCCACUUUACAGAGUCAUAUUCGCACACACACCGGCGAGAAACCAUUCAAUUGCAAUCAUUGCUCUGCAGCAUUUACAACAAAAUCCCAUUUAACGGUACAUACCCGCACACAUACCGGUGAGAAACCAUUCAGUUGCUGUCAUUGUUCUGCAUCAUUUACUCAAAAAGCCCAUUUAAAGAAUCAUGUGCUCACCCAUACUGGUGAGAAACCCUUCAGUUGCAAUCAUUGCCAUGCAUGUUUUGCUCAAAAAUCCCCUUUAAGGGUACAUAUGCGCAUACAUACCGGUGAGAAACGUUUCAGUUGCAGUCAUUGCUCCUCAUCUUUUACUAGAAAGUGCUCUUUAAAGAUUCAUAUGCGUGUACAUACCGGUGAGAAACCAUUCAGUUGCGAUCAUUGCUCUUCAUCUUUUGCUGAAAAAUCCAAGUUAAAAGCACAUAUGCGCACACAUACAGGUGAGAAACCAUUCAAUUGCAGUCAUUGCUCCUCAUCUUUUACUCAGAUGUCCACUUUACAGAGUCAUAUUCGCACACAUACCGGCGAGAAACCAUUCAAUUGCUGUCAUUGCUCUGCAUCUUUUGCUCAACAAAACCAUUUAACGGUACAUAUGCGCACACAUACCGGUGAGAAACCAUUCCGUUGCAGUCAUUGCUCUACGUCAUUUACUGAUAAACGAAAUCUAAUGAGACAUAUUCGCACACAUACUGGUGAGAAACCAUUUAGUCGCUGUUAAUACUCUGCUUUUUUUAUUAAAAAAACCGAUUUAACGUGAGAUAUGCCCGCACAUACUUGUGAGAAACCAUUCGGUUGCUGUCAUUGCUCUACA